CUCGCUCGUCCCCGAACACACAGACGUACAUAUUUUCUACUACACUAUAUACUGUGGAAGUUGAAUAAGAUUUUUGUUAUCUGAUAAAUAUAACUGACAUUGUAUAUAAUAGUGAUGUAAUAGUGAUAUUGUGAACUCUGUUAUUAUCUUCGAUAUCAAAACUGGCGAUACAUUAUAAUAAGUUAUUAUUCCGGCUCGACGUGUGUCUGUUCGUCUCGUGUCACACACUGUUUACAUGAGACUGUGAUAACGAUCUCUCGGAGUGUUAGCAUCAGCCGUUUACUAUCACGUUAGAGAUAAGUCCGCUCCACGUGAGGAUAACAAUUUAUCAGAAGCCGUUGGAUGUGAGACAUCGCCAGGCUGUUGUGUGAUCGAUGAGCUCCCGUCAGCGGCGAUAGAAGAUGACAAUAGAGCUUACCAUAAGACAGAAUGACUCCCGACCUGGAGGAGUGUCCAGAGACGGAGAGACUGAACGGGGACUACCAGGAGGAGACAUCCCAUCAGGGCCGCAGAGUUCUACCGGACGAGCCGCCCGCUGUGCAGGCCUGGGUCGAGAACGAGGAGCCGGGGCUGGCCUGCGAUAGUAGGACCAACAGUCCCGGAGAGAACAGGAGACUCCUGGGAAAUAAGCCUCAUCACAAAUCAACCGCUAAACUCCAAGCUGGUCUCACGUUAGGAGUCUGGGGAGCUCCAAAAAAGCACGCGAAAUACCCACGAAGUUUGAAAAAUGUAAAGACAAAACAUAACACGAAGUCGAAGUUCCAAAAACGAAAGGAAAAAUUAAUAGAAGCAUUAAAGCCGCCCUACUUCAUCAUCACCAUGCUGAGUAUUAUUGUGAUGGUACAUUUCUGUGGACCAGACAAGUGGCGUGCGACGCUCGAGUGGUCGCCGGGUGGCUGGUGGCGGGAACCCUGGAGACUUCUCACGUACGGCUUCGUCCACGCCGGCCCCGCGCAUUUAGCACUUAACGCAAUAGUUGCCCUAACGGUGGGGUGGCGUCUGGAGCGCGAGCAAGGUUGGUCUCGUGUGGCGCUGGUGUGGGCGGGCGGUGUGGCAGCGGGCGCCUUGGGAGCUGGUGCCUUACAGCCUCACGUCAGGGUGGUGGGUUCUUCGGCCGCCGUCUACGCUCUUCUCACCGCGCACAUACCCAAUGUCUGUCUGAGGUUCGGUCAUAUCCCUCUGUGGUGGUUCCGUCCCCUGAGUGUGGUCGUAUUGGGCGCCUCGGAGCUGUGCUGGGCGCUGCUGCAGGCUCCGGAUCAGAAAGAAAGCAACCAUGUAGCGUGGGGAGCCCACGCGCUCGGGGCUGCGGUCGGCGUGCCGCUAGCGUUCAUCGCCUUCACAGGUGAAAAUUCGUCACAGACCAAAAUCACAGUUUGUCGCGUAGCUUCCUGUAUGUUGUUGGCGGCCGGGGUCCUUGCUGCUAUUAUGCAUUACAUGUUUUGGGCGGACUUUGAUCACUUCACCUGACACUUAAUGAGAAUGAGGCUGCGGCGCCGACCCUGACCAGUAACUACGAAGAAACAACUUCUGCAUCUUUGGACAGGAAGAUGACGUCUCGUUUAUCCUGCAAUAAAAUAUGUAUAUGACGAUUAGAUACGUUGAUCAAAGUCAAGGACCAUAUCUUCCGUCCAUUCAACGUCGUAGAGGAGAAUAAAAGUGAAAACUUCAAAAGAUUGAUUGCAGAAAGAUUCUAUAAAAUAUAAAGGAUCGAUUUGGAGUUAUUCGGAAUUAAAUAAAUAAGGAAAGAACAAAGAGCAAGUCUUCCAUCAGAACGAUCUUCCAUCGUUACCUAAAAUGAAAACUUUAUAAGGUUUAGUAAUUUAGGUUUAACUUAAAAAAAAAAGCAAACGAUUUUAGUAUCAAUAAGGAAACUAUUACAACAUAAUGUGUGAGGAAUUUUAGUAAAAUUUCAGUUUUGGUAAAACGAUUUUACUCACCUGUUAAAUGUCUUAUGGGCGUUCUAUAUCAAAAAAUGUUCUAAGUCUGUAAUGUAAGUAAGUGGCUACUUUCAAUACUGUUGUGAAUCUUUAUUAAGAUACAAGGUGUGUAUUACUGAAACGAUAUUUUUAGCUUGUUAACAGAAUUGAUUAUUCUUACUAGUCAAAUAUUUUUAAUGUAAGAACUACGCUCGGGGACGCGCGUUUCUCGGGUCACAGUCUGUUUGUCGCUGCGGAAGCUUUAAAGUUUUCUAAAGUUUGUUAAUAUCUUGUGUAUAUACAUUGUACAUAUCAACUAUUGUGUAUUCAUUUAAUUGAGUAAGUUCAUGAAGUGAGUUUUUAAUGUUGUCAUUUUUAUAAUGCUAGGAUUCAAUGAUUUUAAUGUCUUUUGUGUUCUUAGGGUAAGCUUUGCGUUGAUGAUAUUUUUUACCUAAUCAAAUAAAAGCUACACCAAUAACAAUAUAUUAUUGGAAUUGACUGAAAUUGAAUUUAACGUAUAAUUAAAGUCAUUUUUGUGAGUA